AUGGGCUCUAAUCCCACUAGAUCAGAGGGUGCGAUAAUCCAAGGUCCACAGAAUGUGACUGCGACCGUCGAGUUGGGUCGCGAUGCCUCGUUCUCCUGUGAAAUUAGCGAGGAGGAACAUCGGUCAGCAACUAUACGCUGGGGCAAGUACAUCUCCCUGGACGAAACCACCACCGACUUUCGAACUAGUGAAGUGCUCCACUGGUCUGGUGGAACGUACGUCGUGUUGCCGACUAUUCUCGCCCAGGACCUUCAACAAUUCUUCGACAUCCCCAAACCACUCGCUGUGAGCAAUCCUGGAUCUCGUCGUAGCCGUCUUGUCCUGCGAUCGGCCUCGCCACGUGACGCCGGUCUCUACAUCUGCUCAGUCAUCACUGAAUCUGGCAGAGAUGACCACAAAUUCGUCCAUGUUUCCAUAAAGGAUGGUGAUAAGAUUAUCGAGGGUCUGAGAGACGCCGAAGAGGCAACUUCGCGACACCUAACCAUCUACAUAGCCGUGCCUAUAUGCGUAUUCUUAAUCUGCAUUUGCGCGGUUGCCUCGUUAGUCAUUCGCAAUCGUAGCCGUCAAAGUCGCCAGCGCAACCAACGCAACGGGCACAAGUCCUACUUCAUUAGCCACGGCAUUGGUACGAGCGCAGGAAGUCGCAAACUCAGCCUCAACUCCUCUCACCGCUUCCUCGAUCAGAGUUCUCUCACUGGAAGUGCUUCGAUGGCCUUCACACGAAGCGGGAGUCCCCCACGACAGGGUCGAUCGUCUGCCUCAUCGAAGAUCGCUCCUACUCCCCACGUUCCAAUGCGACCGUCGCCCAUGAACAGCACCACCAACACCAGCGCUAGUCAAAUCUACCCCCCACAAUUCUCUCCAGGUCACCUGCAGUCACCGUCGUACACCGAAUGCGCCUACUUCUCAGCUGACGGAGCCCCGAUUGGCGCGCCUUACGCAUCGCCUCCGAUUUCAGCGUACGCGCCACCACCACCGCCACCAGCCUACUUGAAUGGACAGGUCUCUGGCGUCGACUACCAACGGUACCCACCAAUGAAGGGCGUGCCACAUCCGGCCUACCCACGAUCGGGCGAAUCCAGUGCUUACACCACUGACCUUGGUUUCGACCAAUCAGGGAACCCCUUCGUCGUUGGUCCUGGAGCCCAAUACGACCCUACGGUUAAACAGGAAGCUCCCAACAGACGGAUUCUGUGUGUGAGUCCGUCCAGUGGCCAGGAGACGCCUGGUCACCUGUGA